CCCUUCGAGUUCAAACCCAAAGAGGAAGAUUUCACCUAAUAUUACACAAUGUUGAUUCCUGUUCGUUUGAAUUUUUGCCAGCCACUUCAAUGUUUAACAAAAUCUAAACAGGGGAGCCCAUCCUUAUCCAUGUAGAUCAGUGGUUAUCAUAGCUUUCUAGACGUCUCGCUGGUGGGGUGCUCUGCGGGGAGGAAGUGAUGCAGGGAAAAUUCCCUUAAUGUCCACAAAAAGGCGAAACACAAAGAAACUGUAAGCCUUUCGUACUGGUUCAUCUGAGUUGUUUGAUUUAGCAGUCAAUUUAAAGUAGAAGUCAGUCGUUUAGGACGGUUAUUUGCAAACCAGGUGCGUUCUUAUCAGGCAAAAGUCAACUGAAACGCUCGGUUUUGUUUAUGAUGCUGACUAGCUAACGUUAGCUGGCUAGCUUUUUAGCUAUGUGGGGAUGUUUAUUUGUGUCGUGUCCUAAACUAGCAAGCUGACGUUUUGUUUUACUAGCUAAUGUUAUUGGAGUGAUGUACGCGAUUUUCUAGACAAUCAUUUCUCUUUAAAAGGUACGUUUGUUGUUCACUAUCUAAACAAGUUUAUAUCUAUGGCAUGCUAGCUAGCUAACGUUAUCUGUAAAGUUAGCGCUCCAGCUACAUGAUGACGUGCUAGUUAGACAGCCACUAGUUAGGGUAUGAUGAUGGCGAAGUAUAGCAAGCCACGAACGAGGCUUUAUUUUGUCAGGGAAUUUAGCUACUGAAGUUGUUAGACAGUCAUGUUGAUUAGGUCAGCAUGUUGUUAGUUGGUCAAACUAAGACGCAACUAGACGACGCCGCAUUCAGAUGAGUUAACGUUAGCUAGACAAGCUAGUUUAGAUUCUUUCUGGCAGUGUUAUUUUGAUAAAUGGGUUGCUAGCUAAAUAGUUAUGUUAACUAGAUAUUCCCCUCAGUAUUGAAAUGGUAGAUGUGUUCCUAUUCAGCUAGCUAAAACAAUAACCUCCAUUUGCCAUAAUAGAAUGGGGUGAACAUGAUUGAAAGCACUGCAAGCUUUCCAGGAGGUGUUUUACCUGUACAUGUCCACGGGGAACUAGAUCGGAAGUUCCAUUCCUCAGGAAUAGUUUCAAUAGCUAAAUGUGAUCAGGGGCGGUUCUCUUGUAGCUAAGUGUUUCAUCAUCAAAUCAUGAGACAUUGCUAGGUGGCAUAUGAAUCUUGCGACAGCUGGAAGCUAUCAUGAAUUUCUCAUGAGUCUCGGAAUAUUUCAAAUGUAUAUAAUUAAAAGCUCUCACAAAGGAGAAAGCUUAGUCAUAUUUGUUGCUAUAGUUUGCUGUGGGAAUACCCUGCUACGUAGUAACUGACUGCUUUCUCGAUCUCAAAUUACAAAUUCACAGCAAGUAAACAAACUGAAUCUACAUGUGGGAGAACAACACCCCUGUAUGACAUUAUGCUUAUGGUGACAAGAUGGUGUGUGUCAUUCAGCAUUGCGGAUGUCAAGGUCACUACAAUGGAGCAGAAUAAGAUGACACCUUCAUCUAGAGUGGUCAAUGCAUUCUGAGGAAGUGUCUCCCUCCAGUUUGAUUUGGACCCCCCCUCCUCUCCAUGGUACCAGCUUCUAUGGUACCAGGGCCAGGCUUCAAAAAGCUGCCAGGCACUCCACCCUUCUUCGUUGGUGGUGAUGUAGCCUACUGGCCCAAGGGCAUGUUGAGACGUCUCAUCAGGCCAGAGCAGAGGUGUCUAGGUGGGGCAGGCAGGGCCUGAAGGAGGGGAGGACAGACCGUGAGGACCAAAGAGAGCGACAUGGGCCAGUGUGUCACCAAGUGUAAGAACCCAUCGUCCUCGCUUGGCAGCAAGAGUGGCGACAAGGAGCCUGGGUCCAAGUCCCACCACAAGAAAUGCGGGGGCACGGGAGGCAGUGGGGGAGGAGGGCACAAGGAGGAGCCCAGUGGCCUGAGCAGCAAGGCCUCCAGUGAGCUCAUGUUCAAUGGCACCAAGAAUGCCUUGGAGGUUACCGUGGAGACCACAGUGAUCCCCACAUCGGCCAUGAUGGGGGACCUGAGGAAUGAGGAGCGCUCGGUGGCAGACAGGGAGGGGCCGUCCUUGCUGCGCAUUGAGGAGCUUUUCUGCUGCUACAAGGACCCGCAGGAGGAGUCUAUCUUGGAGGAGGGCAUGGAGAGGUUCUGCAAUGACCUGUACGUGGACCCCGCCGAGUUCCGUGUGCUGGUCCUCGCUUGGAAGUUUCAGGCGGCCACCAUGUGCAAGUUUACAAGGAAGGAGUUUGUAGACGGAUGCAGGGCGAUCAAGGCGGACAGUCUCGAGGGCAUCUGCUCCCGGUUCCCCUUCAUGCUGAUGGAGGCGCAGGGCGAGGAGAACUUCAAGGAGCUGUACCGCUUCACCUUCCAGUUUGGCCUGGACGCUGAGGAAGGCCAGCGCUCGCUGCAGCGUGACAUCGCCAUCGCGCUGUGGCGCCUGGUCUUCACGCAGGACACGCCAGCCAUCCUCGAGCACUGGCUGGACUUCCUGGGCGAGAACCCGUCAGGUGUGCGGGGCAUCUCGCGGGACACCUGGAACAUGUUCCUCAACUUCACGCAGGCCAUCGGGCCGGACCUGAGCAACUACAGCGAGGACGAGGCCUGGCCAAGCCUCUUUGACACCUUUGUAGAGUGGGAGAUGGAGCGCAGGAGGAAGGAAGAGCAGUUAAAGAGGGCAGAGGAGGAGGACAGGGGAUGCACUGAGAUUGAUGAGAGCUCUCCCUCCAGCACAGACAGACUUGAAACAGAGGGCGGACGGGGCUCACAGACCUGGGGGGGGCACUGACUACAGGACUAUAGAAUUCUGGGAAGGGAGGUUGGGGUGGGUGGAGUCUGACCUACAAGUGAACUGUACAUCUGUGAAUCAUUGGAUGACAAAUUGGUAUUACCAUUACUGUUAUUCCCCUCUCUCCUUUUCUGUUGGGGUGGGCUGGGAUUCGCUUACACCCUGCUUUAUUUCUGGUUAAUGAAAGGGCUCAAAUAACUGUUGUUUUAGCACUUCUAUUUAAGUUAUUUGUUUUAUUUUAUUUUUCUUUAAUGUGUGUUUUUGGUAAUUUGGACAUGUGGUCCAUUUUAAUCUUUCCCCACCCUCGCUAAACUCAAAGAAAGCUCAGUAUAUAAGGUUGCUUUAAAAGCCAGGUGCCAGAAAGCCAUGCCCCUUCCCAAGUCUUAUAUUUUUACAGCUUACAUUGACCUGGAAACACUGGUGAUUUGACCUCUCACCCAAAGACGCAGGCCUAUUCAAUUGUCAUAUUACAUUAAGGGAAAUCUAGUUGUCCGCAAACAUCUUAUUACCAGAGCCUGAGCUUUACUUGUUGGGGUCAGUGAAACCAACUUGAUUUUUUAUUUAUUUAUUUUGGAACAAUAUUUGAGUGUGGAUGAAUUGGGUUGCCUUUUGAAAUGUGGACUAUUUAAAGGGUUAUAUUCUUGACCUAUCUAUCUAUUGCCUGUCGUUGUGAUGGCCAACCAUGAUUUGUUCAAAGAUGUGGUCGUACUCGAGUGUGCAUAAUGUCCUAAGACUGAGUAAUGUCCUAAAGUAAACAUUUAUUUGCCAGUGACAAUACCAAUUACUUCCUAGAAUUUCUAUUUUAUUUAUCUAAAUUAAAAAGUGUUUAGGGUAUAUACAGUGCAUUCAGGAAGUAUUCAGACCCCUUCACUUUUUCCACAUUUUGUUACAUUUUGCCUUAUUCUAAAAUGGAUUAACUUCCUUUUUUUCCUCAUGAUGACAAAUCAAAAAACGUAGGAAUUUUAGCAAUUUGAUUACAAAUAAACAAAUGCCUUAUUUACAUAAGUAUUCAGACCCUUUGCUAUGAGACUCGAAAUUGAGCUCAGCUGCAUCCUGUUUCCAUUGAUCAUCCUUGAGAUGUUUCUACAACUUGGAGUCCACCUGUGAUAAAUUCAAUUGAUUGGACAUGAUUUGGAAAGGCACACACCUGUCUAUGUAAUGUCCCACAGUUGACAGUGCAUGUCAGAGCAAAAACCAAGCCAUGAGGUCGAGGGAAUUUUCCAUAGAGC